UUAAGGUUCACUUCCCUGAUGUUGAACGAGUGGAGUGGCUGAACAAGGUCCUUGUACAGGCUUGGCCAUACUUUGGGACAAUCAUGGAAAAAACAUUUAAAGAAGUUCUUGAACCAAAAAUCAGAGCUAAGAAUGUACAUCUGAAAACAUGCACCUUUACCAAGAUCCACUUUGGCGAGAAGUGCCCUAGAAUCAAUGGAAUAAAAGCCUACACCAAAGAAAUUGAUAGAAGACAAGUUAUCCUAGACCUGCAGAUAUGUUACAUAGGAGACUGUGAGAUUCACAUGGACAUAUCAAAGUUUAAUCUCGGAGUGAAAGGUGUGCAGUUGUAUGGGACAUUACGGGUGAUACUGGAACCUCUUCUAACUGAUGCACCUUUUAUAGGAGCAGUGACCUUGUUUUUUAUGCAGAAACCGCACUUGGAAAUCAACUGGGCGGGCAUGAGCAACCUCCUGGAUGUCCCAGGGAUUAACAUAAUGUCGGACUCCCUAAUUCAAGACUUCAUAGCUGCACGCCUGGUUCUACCAAACAGGAUCACAGUGCCUCUGAAGAAGAACAUGAACAUUGCCCUCUUGAGGUUCCCUAUCCCACAUGGAGUAAUAAGGGUUCAUCUGCUAGAAGCUGAAAACCUUGUCCAGAAAGACAGUUUCCUUGGUGCAAUCAGGGGGAAGUCUGACCCAUAUGCUCUUCUUCGCGUUGGCACGGUGCAGUAUCGAAGCAAGACAGUUUCCCGAGAUCUUAAUCCCAUUUGGAAUGAGACAUUUGAGUUUGUUGUUCAUGAAGUGCCUGGUCAGGACUUAGAAGUGGACUUAUAUGAUGAAGAUCCAGAUAAAGAUGACUUUAUGGGCAGCUUGCUUAUAAGCCUAGUGGAUGUAAUGAAUGACAGAACUGUUGAUGAGUGGUUUCCCUUAAGUAAGACAACAAGCGGACACUUGCAUUUGAAACUGGAGUGGCUCUCACUAGUAAAUGAGCAAGAAAAGCUACGUGAGGAUCAGAAGGGGCUGUCUACAGCUAUUCUGAUAGUCUACUUGGACAGCGCCUUCAACCUUCCAAAAAACCACUUUGAGUAUUCGAAUGGUGAAUGUGGAGCAAAGAAGAUCAAAAAUAACAAGUACCUCAAGAAGAUGGAACGAGAACCUUCCUCCUUCGUCCUGCUCACAGUAGGAAACAAGACUCAUAAAAGCAAGACCUGCAAUUUCAGCAAAGAUCCCAUGUGGGGCCAGGCUUUCACCUUCUUUGUCCACAGCGCUCAUUCCCAGUCACUCCAUGUUGAGAUAAAAGACAAAGAUCGGGAUAGUGCCCUGGGUACUUCAGUGGUAUGCCUCUCCCACUUACUUAAGGAACCAAACAUGACUCUGGAUCAGAGAUUUCAGCUGGAUCAUUCUAGUUCAGACAGCUUCAUUAAAAUGAAACUUGUGUUGCGGGCCUUGAAUGUUGAAGAACCUGAUCCACAAAGAGUCAAGGCUGGUGUUAAUGCCUCGAAGCAAGGUCCCGUGCGUGUCGUGAAGGGUGGAAACCAGCAGAAGUUUGCCUCCCCACCAAAACCAGAAGUCUCAAAAGUACCUCCAGUGAGCAAAGACUCUGCGCCACUUGAAGCUGUACCAAAAAAGGAUGGCGGAGAAGACCUGGACACAAACGACAGUUCAGCAGCACCUGCACCAAGCGAAACUAUUGCUGGCUUUAAUGAGACAGAACAUGAGCAAAAUCCAGAGCAUCACCCAUCGUCAGUGGUGCAUACCAGAGCAGCAGUAGUGCCCACGUUGCCGGUCGUACAGGAACUGAGGCUUGCACCCAGCGUCACUUCGCUGGGUUCUCUGCCUUCUUCUUGCUUUGAAUUAAGUAGCAGCAAUCUGGACCUUCAUAACGGGACCGAAAUGCCUCUGGGAGAGAUUCAGCUGACGGUGCGGUACGCUUCAAUACGGCAGAGUCUCGUUGUGCUGGUCAAUGGCUGCAGAAACUUAGUACCCUCUUCCAAUCGUGGAGUAGAUCCAUAUGUUCGUAUAUACCUGCUUCCAGAUAGAAGAUGGACAAGCAGGAAGAAGACUUCCGUUAAGAAAAAAACUCUGAACCCCCAAUAUGAUGAGAAGUUUGAAUUUUUUGAAUCUUUGGAAGAUGUCAAGAAAAGGACACUGGAUAUUGCAGUGAAAAACAGCAGGCCAUUCAUUUCACAGGAAAGGAAGGAGCUGGGGAAAGUGCGGAUUGACUUGUCCCAGGAGGACUUAAUAAAAGGUUUUGCACAAUGGUAUGAGCUGACAAGGAGCAGACGCAAGAAAAACUGAUUUCUUCUCAUGUACAUAAGUUACUAAUUUUUCAACUUUAUAUGAAUGUACAUAUCUCUUUUGUAAUGAAUGUGUUUUGAACAGUCACUGCAAAUUUGAAGCAGGCUCCAGCUCAGGACACGUAAAUUUAAUGAUCCUACUCAGAGAUUAGUUCUCACUGAAGUAAACAAACAAACCACCCCACAGUGGGAAUGAUUUGUCCCUAAAUCUUAAGAAAUGUCAGUCCUAUUUUUGCUGUUUCUGUUAUAUCUCCUCCAAAGAACCCUUAAGUAUGAAUAGCUCUGAAGGAAGUGGUGUCCCUGGAGAUGUUUUAGACUGUCAGCUAAGUAUCAUUACUUUGCUUGGCAGCCUCAUUUCUCCAGGAUCCUUUUCAUGCUGUUUUAACAUGAAAGCAUUGUACUUUUAAAAGAAUAAAUUUUUAAACAGCAUUCUUCAACUGUUUAAGAUUCUAACAGCAAUUGUUUUUUGCAAAACUAAGAAAUUGAUAUUCCACUGUUCAAAAGUAUCUUAGCAGAUUGUGGCUGCAGCUGUGUACAUACUGAGCUUCCAAAAGCAGGGAGAUUAGUUUACCAAGGUGUCAUUAAGGUUUUAGUUUGUGAUGCCUUAACAUGUUUUGUUCUUUGUUACAGUACAUUUCAAAAUCUUGUAAACCUUGAUGGUAAAGCAUUCUGCCUGAGGAACAGCAGAGUUUUGUAAACUAAGCUUUAUUAAUAUUAGAGCAAAAAUACACCAAAAUAUUUUUGGAAGCUUGGAGUACUUGUUUCUGUACAAUAAACUUCUGUCUCGCAUAAGAAACUUGAUCUAUGCCUUUCUGAAACUGACUUUUAAAAUAUGACCAUAGUAAUUUCAAGUUUAUGCUAGGUAGAAACCCAUAAACCACCACCUGAAGUAAGUUUCAAAUAUUUGCCUAAUUACAUUAAUGGAGUCUGCUUCAGUCCAUUACCAGACAGAAUGCUCACUGCAUAACAGCUUGUUCGCAUCCCAAACUGAUCUGAAAAUGUAAACAGUGUUUUGAAAUAGACUCUCCAGAAAACCAAGAUAGGCA